GGGCGGGCGGUGCAGUCACGUGACGGCGCGUGGCGCUACGGGGUGUUGCUGGUGGGACGGCUUGUGGCGGCGGUGCGAUCAUGCCAACAACACAGCAAUCUCCUCAGGAUGAACAGGAAAAACUCCUGGAUGAAGCCAUUCAGGCUGUGAAGGUGCAGUCUUUUCAGAUGAAGAGAUGCUUGGACAAAAACAAGCUCAUGGAUGCCUUGAAACAUGCUUCCAACAUGCUUGGUGAGCUGCGGACUUCUAUGUUAUCUCCAAAGAGCUAUUAUGAGCUCUACAUGGCAAUUUCUGAUGAGCUACACUACUUGGAAGUCUACCUGACAGACGAAUUUGCCAAAGGAAGGAAAGUGGCAGACCUUUAUGAGCUAGUACAAUAUGCUGGAAAUAUUAUUCCAAGACUGUAUCUCCUGAUAACAGUAGGUGUUGUCUAUGUCAAGUCAUUUCCACAGUCCAGGAAAGAUAUUUUGAAAGACCUGGUGGAGAUGUGCCGUGGAGUACAGCAUCCUCUUAGAGGACUCUUUCUUAGAAACUAUCUCCUGCAGUGUACCAGGAAUAUCUUACCAGAUGAAGGCGAGCAAGCAGAUGAAGAAACCACUGGAGACAUCAGUGAUUCAAUGGAUUUUGUGCUGCUGAACUUUGCUGAGAUGAACAAACUUUGGGUGCGAAUGCAACACCAGGGCCAUAGUCGGGACAGAGAGAAAAGGGAGCGAGAACGGCAGGAACUGAGAAUCCUUGUAGGAACAAACCUGGUUCGCCUCAGUCAGUUGGAAGGUGUUAAUGUGGAGCGAUAUAAGCAGAUUGUUUUGCCUGGAAUAUUGGAGCAAGUUGUAAACUGUAGAGAUGCUUUAGCUCAGGAGUACCUCAUGGAGUGCAUCAUACAGGUGUUCCCAGAUGAAUUUCACCUCCAAACCCUGAACCCAUUUCUCAGAGCCUGUGCUGAGCUGCACCAAAAUGUGAAUGUGAAAAAUAUAAUUAUUGCUUUAAUUGACAGGUUAGCUUUAUUUGCACAUCGUGAAGAUGGACCUGGUAUCCCAGCAGAUAUUAAACUGUUUGACAUCUUUUCACAGCAGGUUGCUACUGUUAUACAGUCUCGCCAGGACAUGCCCUCAGAAGAUGUGGUAUCUUUGCAAGUUUCUCUCAUUAACUUGGCUAUGAAGUGCUACCCGGACCGUGUUGACUAUGUUGAUAAGGUGUUGGAGACAACCGUGGAAAUAUUCAAUAAACUUAAUCUGGAACAUAUUGCAACAAGCAGUGCUGUUUCAAAGGAGCUGACUAGACUUUUGAAAAUCCCUGUUGAUACUUACAACAAUAUCCUGACUGUUCUGAAACUAAAACAUUUUCAUCCCCUCUUUGAAUACUUUGAUUAUGAGUCCAGGAAGAGCAUGAGUUGUUACGUACUUAGCAAUGUAUUGGAUUAUAACACAGAAAUUGUGUCCCAAGAACAGGUCGAUGCUAUCAUGAAUUUGGUAUCCACGCUGAUUCAGGAUCAACCAGAUCAGCCUGCUGAAGAUCCUGAUCCUGAGGACUUUGCUGAUGAGCAGAGUCUUGUGGGAAGAUUUAUUCAUCUUUUGCAUUCAGAUGACCCUGACCAACAGUAUCUGAUCCUAAACACUGCCCGGAAACACUUUGGUGCAGGUGGGAACCAACGUAUUCGUUUUACACUGCCACCAUUGGUGUUUGCUGCAUAUCAGCUUGCUUUUCGCUACAAAGAGAACUCCAAAGUGGAUGACAAAUGGGAAAAGAAGUGCCAGAAGAUCUUCUCAUUUGCUCAUCAGACCAUCAGUGCUCUGAUCAAAGCAGAACUGGCAGAGCUGCCUCUCCGCCUCUUCCUACAAGGAGCACUGGCUGCAGGAGAGAUUGGCUUUGAGAAUCAUGAAACUGUGGCCUAUGAAUUCAUGUCCCAGGCCUUCUCUCUAUAUGAAGAUGAAAUCAGUGAUUCAAAAGCACAGCUGGCUGCAAUCACCUUGAUAAUUGGGACAUUUGAGAGGAUGAAGUGCUUCAGUGAAGAGAACCAUGAGCCUCUGAGGACUCAGUGUGCACUGGCAGCCUCUAAGCUCCUUAAGAAGCCAGACCAGUGCCGUGCUGUGAGCACUUGUGCCCAUUUGUUUUGGUCUGGCCGAAAUACUGACAAGAAUGGAGAGGAGCUUCAUGGAGGAAAAAGAGUGAUGGAAUGCCUAAAGAAGGCUCUGAAGAUAGCAAAUCAGUGCAUGGACCCUUCCCUGCAAGUCCAACUUUUCAUAGAAAUUCUGAAUAGAUAUAUCUAUUUUUAUGAAAAGGAAAAUGAGGCGGUGACAACUCAGGUUUUGAAUCAGCUUAUCCAGAAGAUAAGAGAAGAUCUUCCAAACCUUGAGUCUACUGAAGAAACAGAACAAAUUAACAAACACUUUCACAACACACUGGAGCACUUGCGUCUGAGGAGGGAAUCACCAGAAUCUGAGGGGCCAAUUUAUGAAGGUCUUGUUCUUUAGGAAGAUACACACUGUACUUAUUUCUUUUCAUUUACAUACCGUAUGUUUUUUUAAGAUAGAUUCAUAGGUUGUGCCUUUCAGAAAUGUCAAAUUAACAUUAAUGUGUUCAGUCUGGCACUUCAAACACUCGUGUUGAGUGCUCUAACAAAUUUGAAAGGUUGGACCAGCAACUACAGGUUUCAUCAGUUAGCACGGCUGAACUUUCUUUGAAAUCCAUGUGACGUGGUAGGGCUCUUCCAGUUCUGAUUUCUCUGCUGUCUGUUCACUGUUGCUUCUGUAGCACUAGAGUUCUAAACUGGCAGUGACUGUCAUCUGAAUCUGUGUCUGAUCCUUGCAGAGCAUCAGAUUUUUGGGAUUAUUGUAUGUCAUAUUCUGCUUGUGCUUUUCUUUUAAUGCAAGUUAAGACUAAGUGUAAUAUUUUUCCCUAAAAACUAGGAUAUAUUAAUGCAUGUUUGGAGAGUUUUAAAGUACCAUGUUCAAAAACAGAAGUUAUAUUUUGCAUAUUAAGGCUCUGUGACAUUUAGUGAGGGCCAGUCUGUGCAGAGGGCAUAUUUAUCAAGAUAAUUUUGUUCCAAAUAGUAUAAAAAUAGAGAAAUUGCAAUCUAUAUAGAUAUGUAUAACCUUCAUUACUGUAAACUUAGGGGAAAAUGCAUUACACAAGUUUAUUCAGUAUCAUGAUUUUGCACCAGUGAAACAAUAAAGUUACUAUUAACACCUGCUGUUUCAUGUCUCUUCGGAGCCCACUGUUGAACCCAAUGCUAAUCUUGAACCCUCUGAUAAAAGCAAAGGAACGUCUGUUUUGUAGGGACAGAAAAAACAAGGCAUAGUUACCCAGACAAGGUGGGAGACUGCUAGUAUUUCUAAUGCAGAAUUUUAUAAUUCAGAACCAGUUAUUUUUCCAAAUGAUGCUGAGACAAUGUAUGUUCACAUUUCAGAAUGCUUUUAUGACAUAUUUUGUGAGACUGGAAGAGAAUCCUACUGGAUUCUAGGUCUGUGCUAGAGACCAGUGGCAAUUAAAUGACAAAGUAGUAGGAAAUCGAGCAGUAUAGCAAUUACCAGUGGCAACUCCUGUGAAGAUUGGCCUGCUCUGUGGGUUAAUGCCAGUUGCUGAAAACUUUUUGAGAAGUCUGUUUUACCUUAACUGCAUGUAAUGUUCUAAAGCUAACUGAUUGACCCUCCUUACUCCUUGAGUUGAUCACUGUUGUGAAAAUUGCCCUGGCUUGACUGGAUAGUAAAUGAGACCUUGGUGGGAGUGUCCAAUAAUUUAGUGCUACCUGUUUCUCUGAAAAAGGCAAAUGCAGUCCUAGGAAACAAGAAUUACAGAGUAGACAACAAUUAUAUCAUUGAUCUACAGAUGUACAAGUCUGGCUUGGGGGGAGGAGGAAGGGGGAGAUAAUCUAAUGGCUUUACUUGCCCAGUGGUAUAAUUCUAUUAAAAAAAUCUUAAUGUUGCUCUGUAUCUGUUGAUGCUGUUCCUCUUAAGAGAACUGUUAAGCUGAUUAUUUUGUUGUAAAACAUCCAUAGCAGAACAUGAUUAUCAUGUUCAUGUAGAUAUAUUUAUGUAAUAGUGAUUGUCCUCCUAGUCUACAGUGUUUGCUAACCAUGUUUGUUUAAUCCUCAAGGUCAGUCCGUGUAACUUAGGAAUUGUCUUUGAAUAAUGGUUUUGUGAUUUCAACUGCAGUUACCCUAAUGUUGUAGGUUAGUGCUUUUUCUGAUGUACUACUUGUUAGGGCUACAAAGUUAUGACUUCUCCACAGUUCCUAAUUACUUUUACUGAAAUUUGACAAAGUAAAUAAUUGCAAAACACUGGCUGUAAACUUUAAGAUCAACUGUUCUAACAUCCAUUUUGACUGUGGCAAUGGACAACUACAGCUGUUCAAUAGCUGUCACUUGUCAGCAAAGGAAAGUGUCUGUUAAGCUAUGUAGAAAAUGCUUAUGAUGGUGGAAACUAACCUGUGUCAUUAUAUUCAAAUUGAUAACUCUUGUGAGACAAAUCUAGACAAAACUCGGGAUCUAUCUGUGUGAGCUUCCCUUGUGGCAGAGGCAGAAUGGCAGAAACAUUAUGUAGUCGUUCAUGUUCUUGUUUUUCACACUCAUUGUCAAGCAAGGCUGUAAAUUUUAAACUUUGAGUCAUGCUAUUCAUGAUGCAUGACUUGGAAAAUGUCUAAACACUUCAAGUAAUACUCUUUUUUUUUUUGACUAGCCAGAGCUAGUAAAUGUCUAGUUGGAAAUGUUUUAAAAAUUACUGCAGGGGAAGUUUACCUAAAGCUCUGUCUAUAGCAAGAUCUGUCAGUCAUGGAUCUCAUAGACUAAUUACGCUUACUGUGUACUUAUUGCAAAAGAUAGACCUGUAAGGAGUAGAGGUUUGACUUGAGUAGAUUCCUGCCCAUGCAGGAUCCUGUCAGGGAGCAGGAAGUCACAGCUGAGGGAGGAAACUCAUUGUGAAACUAUUCCACUCAAUUCUCAUAUCUCUUAAAUACAAAGCUCAAACCGCUUUUAUAUUCCUGUCCCUGAACUUAGUUCUACUCUUAUUUCUCAAUCACCUUUUCUACUCAAAUCAGUGCUCCCUUAUCUGCUACAGUUGCCCAGCUUCUGUGGUAACCUGACUGUUGUUCCCCCUCUUGUUCCAUGCUGUUCUUGGACACCAGUAUUUAGUUUUUGCAUUGGUCAUGAUCUUGUCUGGCUUGCCCCUAAGUGUAGGGGGGAGCAUACUACACUUAACAGCUGAGACCUGUGGCAUUUCAGGGUGGGUUUGGGAGUAAAAUAUAACAGGUCCAAGGUUAACACUUUAUGAAAUUCCUUAUCAGCACUAUUUAAUUUUUAAAAGUGAGAGAGCCUGAACUCUAAUUAGUGGUCAUGAAUGUUGUAUUCCCUUUUCAUCACUUUAACGCUAGUGCACCAUUACCAGAAAAUAUACUGUUGGCAUAAUUUCCCAAAGAGCUCUAAGAAAUUACCUUUCUUUUCAUUGCUGUGAUUUCUUCAGCUACAUGGAUGACUUGUAUAUACAGUAUACACAUUCAUAAAUAUCUACACUUGUACCUAGUUAUCAGUAUUACAUAAACACAGUGCACAUUGCACUUAAUACUUGCAGGUAAAUAUUAGCCAGUCUAUGUUCCCACUGAAAGCAAAAUGUACUAAUUGUCAGCCUUCAUACUUUUUUUUUUU